GAAUUUCCUCUCGCUCGUCACAGAAAAGCGACCAUUUGCGAUUUCAUCCUCCUCAACUCAACUCGAAAAGUCGUCCUCGCUUCGCUGCUGCUGCUGCGCGAAUUGCGUUCGAUGAGUGUGAGAAGAAAAUAGAUUCGACAAAAUCUUAUCAGCUAGCGGAAUUGCAGCAAAUCCUUCACCGCCUCGAAACUCGGAAAACAUCAUCAAGCCAGCUCCCGCGCCCGCAGCAGUUCACCAACAAUAUUUAUAAACAAUUCGAUCGGCGAAACUGGCUAAGCUGGAAGGGGUUUUCGGUACCAAUUCUGGGACAAUGGGGCCUAUGGACCAGAAACCCAAAAGCGCAUCCAACGAGCAGAAGGAAGAACUGGUGAAGAUUUUUGAGGAAUACAACCAGAGACCAAAACAGGAGAGUUCUGAGACCGAUUACAAGGAACGGCAACGCUUCUGGAUAGAAGCUACUCAUCGGUUGAACAAAAUUCCGGGUGGUACCCUUAAAUCGACGGCCAAAUGGGUAAAAUAUUGGGCAGAUGUUAUCAUAAACCUAAAACGUAAAAGUCGGCUUGUGGUCGAAGGAAGAACCAAGAAAAUCGGCCCUAAUCAACUGGAAGUGCGGAUUCUUUCGGCUGCCAAUUGCUACGAAGUCCUGGAUCAAUGGACGAAAGCUCUGGGGGCAGAAGGUAUUAUGGGUCUGGAAACGACAAUCGAAAAUGACCACGAAGAGUACUUCCCGGAUGAUACUGGAGUCCAGAAGGAGGAAAUCGUAAUCGAACAUUACACCGAUGACCAGUUGGAUGAAGAUUUCGUGGCCAGCUUUUCCAAACCGGUAGUAUCGGAUCACCACGGGAAGGAUACAGUUACGACGGAGCUAGAAAUCCGCAAACCUACAGCCGAGGAGCUCAAAAAUAUGGCCGUAACAGCUACGGUCACAGUUCCGGCCGAGUACGUCGAAAUGACAACCGCAGGCCUAGACGGAACCAGUGAGUUCCUAAAGCCGAAAUUCAUUCGACCUGCCACAAUUACCACAAGCACCCCCAUCACCAGCAAUACCCAGAUAAUAGGUACCAGCACAUCGAGCCACCUGAGUAGCAGCGGCACCAGCACCAUGAACGUCCCCACCAAUGUGACAGACCGACUGCGGGAAGAUCUCAAGCGAACCAGCGAAAAGCUGGAAUCGGUGAUGAAGCGGCGCCGUUUGGAUGAUUCUAAAUUUGCCAUCGCCCAGGCCCUCACCAACAUGUCCGGCGCCAUGCUGGCCCUCUCGAAUGGGCUCAACGAACUGGCCAAUGCCCUCACCAACGAUGCAAUUUUGUAAAGCGGUGGCCAACUCCUUCGAAGUCGCGCUUUUUAAACCAACUACAAUCUCCGUAAUGCUAUUAUAAAUUGUAGAACCUGUAUUGUGUGUAGAUUUAAGAUGAUCAUGUGGGAUGAAAACAGUUUAAUUUCAAACAA